UCGGUGCGGCCGCUCCGGGCGAGGAGGCCCAGGAUGGCGGAGAGACCGGAGGACCUGAACCUGCCCAACGCCGUCAUCACCCGCAUCAUCAAGGAGGCGCUUCCUGAUGGAGUAAAUAUUUCCAAAGAAGCUCGGAGCGCAAUAUCUCGAGCAGCAAGCGUGUUUGUGCUUUAUGCAACAUCAUGUGCAAAUAACUUUGCCAUGAAGGGAAAGAGGAAAACGCUGAAUGCUGGCGAUGUUCUCUCUGCCAUGGAGGAAAUGGAGUUUCAGCGAUUUGUAGCCCCUUUGAAAGAAUCACUGGAAGUUUACAGGCGUGAACAGAAAGGAAAGAAAGAAGCAAGGAAAGAUAAAGACAAGAAGGCAGACUCAGAGGAGCAAGAUAAGAGCCGAGAGGAAGAGAAUGAUGACGAUGACGAAAGGAUGGAGGAAGAAGAGCAAAAUGAUGAGGAAGAGGUGGACAACUGAGCUUGCUGAUGAGACGUGUGUAGGGGCUGGGGUUUGUUCAGAGGGAUAUAAACGCUGUAAAUCAACCUUGCUGUGUCCCCUCUUGUUUCCAGUAGAGCUUUGUACUGUUCCUCUGCAGCCUGUCCCUUUUUGGCUUUAACUUGUACAUAGAGGACUUUUGCUAAAGCUUUUCUCGUGGAAGGACCACUCCUCCCUGUGCACGGGGGGCUUGGCACCCUCCGCAGGUUCUGAACAGACAGUACUGGGACUGGGCUUUUUGUGCUGGGUUGGCUCUGAAAUAGAGUUAAAAAGAAAUGUCGGAUGCUCAGUACAGAAGCUGGCCAGGAGAACUUGAGAGACUGUUGACUAAGCUCAUUAAACCAAGUCAGGGGCUGAAUCAAAUGGAUCAUUAACCCUUUGGGGUUUAGAAUCUACGUGAUGAUGUCGGGAGGCUUGGAAGCUGAACAUUUAAGCUUUUUAUCCAAGUGACUUGGGGUUUUUUUACUUCAUUUUCUUGCAUUCUGGCUGUGCCUUCUCUUCUUGCUGUAACUGUGACAGUGAUACUGUGUCUUUCAACCGUACCAGUCAUAUGCAGCAAUAUAGCACAAGUGUACGAGGACCAGUGGUCCACUCUGCUGACUUUCUUCCCCCAAAUCAACCUAAAUCAAAAAACUCCACAGCGCUUGUGAUGUAAACUAAAUACCAAAAGUGCUUGGUUUAUGUCUUUAAAGCCCUGGGAGACCAAGAGGAAUUUUAUUACAAAUCUGAAGCAAAAUUAGUGGCUAAAAUGUGUAUCAGGAUGAGAAAAGGGGGCUGUAUCGAGCGCUACGUUUGUUGCAGGUCAGCAGUGGGCACUGGUGGAUCGGAUGGUCUCGCCUCCUUUCCCUCCUUUGCAGAGCUGCAGUUCCUGCAGACAGGUUGCAGCACGUUUAAAUGUGGUAGAACAGUGGUGGGGCUCGGUGGGUUGUUGUUUUCCAACUCAACGGACUAAUUACAUCAAAGGUCCCUCUUUAGCCUUCAACAGUCACUCGAGAGGCGGACUGCCGCUGGGCGUGACGGGCUCCAGGAGGGCGGUGAGGACAGGACCUUCCCACUUGGGAAGGCCAGCCUUGGGCCUGUGGUUUUUAAAAUAUCCCCUUCAAGAAAGAUGGGGUUGAAACAAGCUGUAUUCCUAGUACUCCUAUAGGUUUGUUCUUUUAUACUUACAUUCUUAGUUUUGAUGCCUUUCCUUUCUCUUCUCUGAGAAAGUAUCUACUAGAAUAAGCUCCUUUUUGGGGAAAAAAAGCUUUAUUAUUUGACUGAUCUUUUUGAAGACUAAUAAACCUAAUAUGUGAACUUAACCGAGGUCUGGUGAGGGAAAUGUGAGGAAAGUUUUGGGUACGUUUAAUUAAAACCCACAACUUUUGCUGAUGUGCAGUUUUAAAAUAGCCCUUGUGAGAAAUAGUAUGUCCUUUUCACCAAAAAAUUGAUGCAGAGCUACCCACAAGAGCUACCCUGCCUUUAUGCUUUUAUGGCACCAUGGCUUUUCACACACAGAAGUCCCCAGCUCCUGAAAAGAACUGAAUCAACAAAGAUUUUCUGCUGUCUAGUUUCUACUGAUGAACAGAUGAAAAGACUGAGUUGACGAUGUCUUCCCAAGAUCUCCAACGACAAAAAAGGCCUGCCUUCUAGCUCCUUUCCCCUUUUUUUUUUCUUUUUUCCUCUUAUAGUACAUAAGUGGGGUGCAUGUUCUCGAAGGGAACAAUACCUAAAUAAAAGCCAGAUUUUUUA